UUUGGCUCAAGGAACCAAACCUGGAAAGCCAGUCUUACGAGCGCAAGCCUUUUUCUGGAGCCCAAAACCUCUAUGCCUGAAGGACGAAGAGGCAUCCAGCGAUGGCUGCUCAUGUGCAUGCUGGUUCCGUUGCUGUGGGUGGCGCCUUUAGGCUUACAGGCCGUGGGUGGCGCAUUUGUCACAGCCGGCACGAGCGCUUUACUCGGGCAAGACCCGGCGUGGCCUUUUCCGGCGCCUUCGGCGUCGGCCCCGACGGGCAAGGCAAGGUCCACACCGGCACGAGGGAGCAGACUCUCCGCAGAAAGCCGUCAGAGACUCGCCUCGUUGAAGCGGGAAGCUAUCCUGGCCUGCCUGAAAGCAGUGCGUGACGAUACCGAAGCUGUGGAGCUUUGUGCCAGGUUGAGCCGGAGGCUGUCGUACAUCAAGACCAUCAUCCGGAGGCAAAUGGAAGAUGCGGGCCUUUCCUUGGGUCAUGACUUGUGAGGAGCAAGUCAUCAGGAGUCGAUUCGACAUCCUCCACUGGCCGGACAACCAAAGCCGUUGAGGUUUUCAUUUGAGAGGCUC